AUGUCUCGGCUUCGGCUCACCAUCGAGAACGGGAGAUUCUGCGACUCGAGCGGAAGACAGGUGACCCUGCGAGGCAUCAAUGUCGCAGGGGAUGCCAAGUUCCCCAGCGAGCCAGCCCAGCCGUCGCAUGUCGACACCGACUUUUAUGACGGCGACAAUGUCAACUUCCACCAGCGACCCUUUCCCAAGGAGGACGCUCAUAUCCAUUUCUCCAAGCUGAAACGCUAUGGCUACAACACCAUUCGCUACGUCUUCACCUGGGAGGCACUCGAGGCGGCCGGGCCGGGCCAGUAUGACGAGGAGUGGAUUGCACACACCAUUGAGAUCCUCAGGGUUGCCAAAGACUAUGGCUUCUAUGUGUUCAUGGACCCGCAUCAGGACGUGUGGUCUCGCUACUCCGGCGGUUCUGGCGCGCCCAUGUGGACGCUUUACGCAUGCGGCCUGAACCCACAGAGCUUCGCGGCCACCGAGGCUGCCAUUGUGCACAAUACGUACCCUGAUCCCGACGAGUUCCCCAGAAUGAUCUGGUCGACCAAUUACUACCGCCUUGCUGCGGCCACCAUAUUCACCCUUUUCUUCGGCGGUCGGCAAUUUGCGCCCAAGUGCAUCCUCGACGGCGUGAACAUCCAAGAUUACCUGCAAGGGCACUUCUUGCGGGCAAUUGCUCACCUGGCGCAGAGGAUACGGGAGGCGGGAGAUCUCGAGAACGACGUGGUAUUCGGGUGGGAGAGUCUGAAUGAACCCAACAAGGGCGCGAUCGGAACUCAAGACAUCAGCCAGAUACCCAAGGAGCAGGCGUUGAAGAAAGGCACUAGCCCGACGAUGUGGCAGGCCAUGCUGACCGGCAUGGGGAGAGCCUGCGAGAUCGACACGUGGGACAUAGGUGGUCUCGGCCCGUACAAAGUCGGCCGGACCUUGGUGGACCCCCACGGAGAGAUUGCAUGGCUGCCAGCCGACUAUGACGAGUCCAGGUAUGGCUGGAAGCGCGAUCCGGGAUGGAAGCUCGGCGAAUGUCUGUGGGCUCAGCACGGUGUCUGGGAUCCCGCCAACGACGAGCUGCUGCAAAAGGACUAUUUUGCCAAAGACCCUUCGACGGGCAAGGAGAUUGACUACCCCUACUUUACCAACAACUACUUUAUGGACUUCUUCCGCAAGUUCAAGCAAACGGUGCGAGCGCAGCACCCGGACGCAAUCAUCCUCCUUCAGGGGCCAACCUUGGAGAUCCCGCCCACGAUCAAAGGGACAGAAGAUGACGACCCCAAGCUCGCGUACGCGCCGCAUUACUACGACGGAAUCACCCUCAUGACCAAGAAAUGGAACCGCACAUGGAACGUGGACGUAUUGGGUGUUUUGCGUGGUAGAUAUCUCCACCCGGCCUUUGCGAUCAAGAUAGGGGAGACGGCGAUUCGCAACUGCUUCCGAGACCAGCUUGCUGCGAUACGGCAGGAAGGCCUCGACCACUUGGGAAACCACCCUUGUGUUCUGACCGAGUUUGGCAUCCCUUACGACAUGGAUGACAAGCAUGCGUACAAGACGGGAGACUUUUCGAGCCAGUCUGCCGCCAUGGAUGCCAACCACUUUGCCAUCGAAGGAUCCCUCAUGGGAGGCUACACGUUGUGGCUGUACAUGGCCCAGAACGACCACGAAAGGGGAGAUCAGUGGAAUGGAGAGGACCUGUCGAUCUUUUCCUUGGACGACACCGAACUCCCUACGGAUCCUGUGCCGAAGAGUCCAGACCUGUCGCAAUCGACAAGCAAUCUGGGCAAAAUGGCAACCGCUAGCUCGUCAAGGACAGAUACGCUCGAGGCCGAGACUAGUGUUACGCCGGCGAAUCUGAAGAGGGCACUCAGCUCUCCUUCCAUCUCGUCCGAGCCCGGAACAGCUGAUCCGGAACUCACAAACGCACCGGGUUACCGGGCAGCAGAGGCGUAUGUUCGCCCUUCGCCAAUCUCAACCGUGGGGACCAUCUCACAUUACACUUUUGACCUUCGCAAGUGCGAGUUUACCCUGAAGAUCCAGGCAAAGGAGACGGGGACGGAGACUCCCACGACGGUAUUCCUGCCGGAGUAUCAUUUCCCCAAGAACACGUGCAUUGUGGAAGUAUCCUCGGGCAAGUGGGAGAUCUCGUCAGACGACGACGAGACCGCGAUGAUACAAAAGUUCAGGUGGUGGCACGCUGGCGGCGAGCAGAGCCUCAAGAUCACCGGGCUUAUCAGGCGCCACAACUACGUCGAGGGCGUGAGCGACGAAGGCGGGUACUAUGAACAGCUCAAUGCGUGGGUUGGGCAGGGCAAUUGCACCAUCAUGUAA